AUGGAUUUAAAUCUAGAUACUUUCUUUGAGCUACAAAACCCCUCUCCUGAUCAAAAUGAUACAAAUAAUGAUCUCUCUGAACUAAUAAAAACCUGGAUUUCUGAACGAACCGCGCCUGAAAUUUUACCUUGUCAAACAACCCUUUUAGACAAAAUGAUGCAGCGUAUUCAACAGCAGAUAAGUUUCUUGAUAAUAUUAAUACCUUUUAUUAAAUUAACCUUGCAGACUGAGUUAAUCGAACUAAAAAUAGGUCAAGAUAUUAAAACCAAUUUCCGGAUGAUUCUGAUUCAGACUGAAAUAGAGAGAAUUAAGUAUAUUAUCCGCUCGUACUUGCAGACAAGAAUUUAUAAAUUAGAUAAAUAUGGAAUUUAUAUAUUACAAACGCCGGAAUGUUUAGCACGUCUUUCUUCUAUAGAAAUAGAAUAUUUAAAGAAACAUCAGGAUAUUUUGAUGAAUUAUUAUACAUCAGCAGUUUUGAAGCAUCUUCCAAAGAAGUUACAGAGGUUGGAUGAUACACAAGGAGGGGUUUCUAUGAUUGAGAAACCAGACUUAGAUAGGGCUAUAUUUUGCAGAGUGAUCAAUACAGUGGAGCAGGAUAUUCCUAUUAGCAGGAAUGAGACGAUUACGCUUAAUAAGGGGAAUAUUUAUCUUCUUAAAUAUAGAAUUAUACGAUCUUUUUUACGUACAGGAGAUGUUGAAUUAAUUUAAAAAGAGAGAAUAAUACAGCAAUUUGGCCUAAAAUAAAG